GAUCAGCUUUUAUUUAACCUUAUCUGGAUAUUAAAUUAAGCUAAUUACACCGGCCAUGAUGACUGGUUUCUUAAUCGGGCAUUAAAUUAGCAGUUGACAUACAACAAAUUUGUGCUAUAAAAGGCCACCGGAGGCCCUGCAGCUCCGGCAUCCACUGCAAGAGAGUUUCUUUCAUAAUUAAGCUUGUAGCCUGUUCUCGUGUGAUCCAUCGAGGCAAAGAUGAUUCCAGUCAUUGACUUCUCAAGGCUGCACGGCGAUGAGAGGGUCCAGACCUUGGCAGAGAUUGCCAAUGGAUGCGAAGAAUGGGGAUUUUUUCAGCUGGUGAACCAUGGGAUUCCGGAGGAGCUGCUGGAACGCGUGAAGAAGGUUUGCUCCGAGAGCUACCAACUGCGAGAGGAAGGCUUCAACGCGUCCAACCCUGUCCGGCUGUUGAAUGAGCUGGUGGAUCGAGAGAGCGAAGGGGAGGCCGUCAAGAAACUGAAGGACGUCGAUUGGGAGGAUGUGUUCGUGCUCCAAGAUGACAAGCCCUGGCCGUCGAAUCCCCCUGCCUUCAGGGAGACGAUGAAGGAGUACAGGGAGGAGCUGAGGAAGCUGGCGGAGAAGGUAAUGGAGGUGAUGGACGAGAACCUGGGCCUCGAGAAGGGCUACAUCAAGAAGGCCUUCUCCGGGAACGGGCAGCACGAGGCGUUCUUCGGGACCAAGGUGAGCCACUACCCGCCAUGCUCGCGGCCGGACCUCGUCGACGGCCUCCGCUCGCACACCGACGCCGGCGGAGUCAUCCUGCUCUUCCAGGACGACCAGGUGGGCGGGCUGCAGAUCCUCAAGGACGGCGAGUGGCUGGACGUGCAGCCCGUGAAGGGCUCGAUUGUUAUCAACACCGGAGACCAGAUCGAGGUGUUGAGCAACGGGCGGUACAAGAGCACUUGGCACCGCGUGCUCGCCACCCGCCGUGGCAACCGCCGCUCCGUCGCUUCCUUCUACAACCCCUCGCUCAAGGCCACCAUUGCGCCGGCGGCGGAACUGGUGGCGAGCCACACACAGGUGGCCGCCCCUGCUGCGCCCUCCUCCUAUCCCAAGUUUGUGUUCGGAGACUACAUGGAUGUGUACGUGAAGCAGAAGUUCCAAGCCAAGGAGCCCAGAUUUGAAGCAGUGGCGGCUAUGUGAAGGUUGCGAUGCACUGGCUCUCAUGUAACUUUUUAAUUAUAUGAUCCAUAGACAUAGAAUGACUGUGUCUUACAGUUUGAUUUCGUGUUUCCUUGUUUGAUCUAGUGGGUAAGGUUGUCUGUCGUGAGUCUGUUGUGGAGUCUGUUGGUUUUCUUUGUAGACUAAGAUAUAUAUUACCAUGAAAGCUUGUGAUA